AAGAGUCUAGCUCGCACAGUCUUAAUAGACAGACAAGCUCUACUCAUCAAUAUACCCAUUAUUUAAACAUUAUCAAUGGGUAUGUGGAGUAUACAAAAUAGAACAAAGCACAGCAGCAGCAGCAAUCGAGGGCUAUUAGCCACUUGGCCAGAACUGCAGCCACGUCCAAAUGCAUUCGAGUGCAACGAUGCACUGUGCGGGCGCAUUAGCCAGCUACUUAGUUAGUUCCAUCGGCUAGUUAACUUAGUUGCCUAAGCGAAGCGCUGCUGUGUAGAACUAUAUGCGGAAUGCACUUGACUAAGCUACUACUCUGCAUAUCCUGGCUCAUGAGUCUAGGCGAGGCGCACAGCCUGCCGCCAGCGGUGCAGCUGGGUGGUGCAAUAGUCGCUGCCGUCGAACAGGAUGCCGAGCAGGAGGCCGAACGGGAGGCAGCCGCCACGGCGGAGCAGCGCUGGCUGCCGCUGGCCGAGCAGCAGCUGCGGCAGCUGCUCAGUAACGAGCUCAGCGUGGAGCAGAUAGCCAAGCUGCUAGACAACUGGACAACCGAAGCUCGCGGCAAGCAGCACAAGCAGAAGAAGCUGCUAAAGAUGCUUUACCCGCUGCUGGGCGCCGCUGUGCUGGCUAAGCUAAUACUGUUGCCCUUGAUCUUGAAAUGGCUGACGGCGCUCUCGGCCUCAUCAUUUGUCAUGGGCAAAAUAGCCCUGGCUGCCGCCGGCCUGUUGGCCUUGAAGUCCAUCAUGAGUCCCACACACGAACGUCUGGAGAUUGUACACGCCUCGGCGCCGGCGCUGAAAAGCUACCAUGGGGAUCUCUCCUCGAGUGGCACCAGCUGGAUGCCAAUUAGACAGCAUUACAUACCGCUGGGCGUGGCCAAGGCGCAGGCUAACUUUGACAACAAGCCUUUUUUAUAGAUGAAGAUGUUGUUAGAUGAAGUCUUAUGUUAGUUAGUAAGUAUUAGCCGAGUCUUAGCUGAGUCUUAGCCAAGUCUCGGUAGGGCUUAGCCGAGUCUUAAUAAGUCUUAGCAGAAUCUUAGUAAGUCUUAGACGGAUCUUAGUAAGUCUUAGCAGCAAAGCCUAACCGCUUUGAGCCUGGAAUUAAAAUAUUUUAUCAUUUUAUUUACAACGAACCGUAUUUUAAUUGGUUUUAGCUGCACCUAAAAACCUUUAAGAACCUAAACAAAAAACCCUAUAAAAAGUUAAUUAAUUUCAAUUAAUUAACACGGAGCUUGAACCAAAUCACUUUGAAGUCGAAAUUUCCAUUUUUUUCUUAACCACGAACUAGCUUAGUUGGUUAAAAGAGAAGUCGAAGCUGUAAAGAACCAUUUAUUCUUUUUUUUCUAUUGUUACAGCAAC